CACCAGUAGGGAAAAGCUACGUCAAUUCCAAAGCUUAGGGUGAGUGUGAUUUGACUGUGUUCUCAACUGACAAAUUGGCAAGUUUCAGCUUGAGCUUGAGCUGGUGCUGCUAUUGGGAGUUGUUCAUGCGCAUAGUGCUUUGAUGCGCUGGGCAGGCAGGCAGGCUGGCUGCUGAUUCUGCUCUCGAAUGCGGUAAAUGGGUAAAGGAUUAUGAUAUGGUGUGGUGAAGGAAGGGAACAUUUAGGGGCGGCAGACUGUGUUGUGAUGCUCUGGACUGACUGCUCGGCUGCGUGGCUUUGCAGCUGGUCGAGUGGCCGUCCGUCACCCUGGGGGCCAUUCAAGACCUUUGCAUGACAGAGGCACGUACAGCUUGGCAUUGCUGGUUAACGGGCAGCUGCUGGUCGAUUCAUCCGGCGGGGUAGCGCUGGAGACGGCGUGCAGCUGGCCCCAGCCGUGUAUUAGGACACAGUGCUGGUUUGAUGGAGCGGUUUGUGGUGCGCAGGUGGAUAUGAUUUGGAGCCUGAAGGUAGCCGGGGGCUGUACGAUGUAGACGACGUGGAUUUAGUUAGGACAGGAUCCCCUAUCGAGAGGUGUCGGGGUGGUGGUGGUUUGCGACGCUGACUGUUGUUGCUGAUGCUGGUGCUACUGCUUCAGGAGGGGACGUGAUACAUGCGCGCGUGUGUGCAAGCGCACUUGUUGGUUGGUUGGGGGCCCCGUGAGCUGGUCACAUGUUUUUGAGCGGGCACCGGGGAUUACGGUGCAGUGAGGACCCAUGUCCUAUGACGCGCAUGUCGUGCCUCGAUUGCAAGCCUCGAGGUCUUUGUUAGACUGGCAGUGAUGUGAUUCGGAGUGAACGUAAGGUGAAAGCGUUGUGGUGGCAGGGGUGAUGAGGAUAACAGUGUGGAUGACGCGAGGCGGCGUUGGGUGGCCGCGACCGGCGCGCUGAAACCGUGCGGCGGAUAUUUCGCCGUGUGCUCGUUGCGGUGCAAGGAGACUAAGCAAGUUUUUUGUUCCAUGGACGUUUGCUGUCCUGGGUUGGCUGCCCUGGGAAGCCUUAGGAUCAUUCAAAAGCUUAGGUUAUUUGUUUGUGCACAAUAAUGAUGCGUGAAGCGGAUCGAAUUCAUCAACUCUGCAGUUUUGCAUGGUUCGAAACUGUCGUGCAGGGUUUGCGUUCCAAGUUUAGUCAACAUUAAAGGAUAUGGCUCGUGCGCUUGUAUAGUUUAUCAUGUACCACAUAAGCGUAGGUUAGAUUGACCUCGCCAUGUAACUCGCCAAAGAUUUUGCUUGCUGUUGUUCGUUCUUCAGAAUGGCAGGUGUAACCGUCAGAAUUAUUGCAGGCCGGUAGCGCGUAUGCAUUUGCAAAUGUCCAUGUCAUACAGCGAUGACGACAUAGAGCCUGGCUCAGGCGCGGAUUCGUUACUCAAGAGGAUGGGUCGCCGGCCCCAUUUUGGCGAUGAGGGCUUCAGCCAACGUAGCCGAAAGGGAGCACAUGCCAUGGACCCUGGGAGCCUCGAGGCGCAGCUAGACGGUGCAGGCUUGACCUCACCCUUCAACACGUGGGCCUUGGAGGAAGCUCUCCGCCAGCAAGCAUCUUCCGCUGUCGACCGCCGCCAUCAUGAAAUUGAGGCUUGUGAGAGGGCCCUCCAUGGGGCCCUGGCUGAGCUCCGCCGCGUGCGGGAGGCGGAGGAGAGCCGGCUGGCUACCCGAGUGGCUGAGGCGGCUCGGCGCUUCCAGCAGCAGAUGGAGGCUCUGCAGCAGCAAUACCUUCUGGACGUGGAAAAGCUGAAGCGACACACAUUAGCUGAGCUGAACAAGCAACGCGCCAUCAGCGAAGCCGCCAUUGCGGCCCGCAUGCGCGCACUGCAGGCGGAGCUCCGCGCCGCCCCCCGCACCCGUGAUAGCAGCCCGGGUCCGGGAGGUGGCGCAAAGCCUCCGGCACACAACACUCGCAUGAGGAGCGCCCCCAGCGCCCGGGCCGCUGCAGCGGCUGUGGUGGCUCCAGACUCCCGACGGACGUCACGACGACUGGAGGUUGAUCAGACAGCGUUCAUGCAGCUGAAGCGCAAGCGGGAGCACCUCUUCCCGUCAGCCGACGCAGCAGCGCUUGUCACUGCUUGCCGCACCGUCUGUCAGUCCGUCUAUGGGGGUGUGUCGUAG